AUGGCGAAUUCCUUUGAUAUAAGUUCUCUUCCUUCAGAUAUGCUGUUCCAGAUACUCAUGCAGACCACAAAUAUUUCGUUUGCAGAUUUGUGCAUAGCCCGUGUAGCAAUCCGGCAAAUGAAUGAAAUUUCAAGGGAAGUAGGUUUUUACAAGAGCGUGGAUCUCAUCUCUCUGCAUGUCCCAUUCCGUAUCGAUGAGAAUGGAAAUGUUGCCUCGUUCUACACACGUUGCCUCGAAUCAGGUAAUCCCACGGCAUCCUAUCUUAGGGGGAUUUUAUUUUUCUUUCAUGAAAACAAUGUCCACGAAGGCCUUUGGCUUAUCAAAGAUGUGGUUGACCAUGAUUGCUUGAUGGGGAAAUAUGUUUACCGUAUGUUGCAUCUUACUCUUGAUGGGAGAGUCGAGGAAUUCGAGCGUAUUCAACGGAAAAAAAUGCGUGAAGCUCUGGAAGCCAAUCAAAGGAGACCUUGGAGCAUUCAAAUCCCAGAGGUGUUUCACAGGCAACGUGCUUGGGUGCUUCAGGAAUCGGACAAAAGGAAGUGUGGCUGCCCAAGCAUAUCCGAGAAUAUAUGGCCACUCACGGAUGAUGAUAUUGAUCAUCUCUGCCAUUCUUGCUUUUGGAAACAUGAAACGCUGCAUUUCUGCGAUUUAAUCUCCGCAAAGCAAUGA